AUGCUCACCAGCCGUCGCGGCCUCACUGCAAAUGCAAUCCUCACAACAAAGACCAUCUUUGGCCAGGUGAGCGCCUAUCCCGCCUUGAUGGUCAGCGGGCUCUCCCUUCCUCCCUAUAUCCACAGCAAAUGUGCUCUGGAUGACAGUACAACAUAUAAUUGUGCAAAGGCACAAAAGCACGAGUGUCUGGGGAAAACGUUAAGUAUCUGCGCGGCCCUGGUAGGCAUGUGGCUGGAGAGAACCCCGGCCAGCAGCCCUUUUAUAUGGGAGACGAUAUACAAAGAAAUCGCCAGAUUGGAUCAUGAGUAUGAGUCAUUUGACAUGGAGACAUUAGUCGAAUCCAUGCAGGCCAUGAUGACAUACAUGCUACUCCAAGCACAGGACACAGAUACAGUAAUGAAGAACGACGUCAGGUUUCUUCUCACAGCAUUAACACAUUGUUGUGGAAAAGUACACGAGACCCUAGAGUACAAUACAUUCGUCGACACUCUCGACAAUCCUCUUGAUCGCAAAACGUGGGCUCAGUAUGAAGCUACACGAAGAACAGUAUGUCUCAUCUACACCGUAGAAAUAUUCCUCGAAAUCAGAUUCCGCCAGCAAGACUUCCGCAGCUGUCAAAAAUUCGCCAACGCACCCCUCCCCUGUAUCCGCGAUCUCUGGGAAGUCCCUUCCACGUAUGAAUGGAAGAAGCGAUACAAUGCCUUUCUCCGCGGCAGAUCUGCUGACAAGAUCCUCACCCUUUCUGAUUACAAGCUGUCGCAGCAGUUGUCUGCUGAGGAGUUUGUCAGCAGCACCACCGCUGGCGAUAACUGUGGAUGUAUAAUAAAAGACGUGUUGAGGUGGUGCGAAGGGCUGGAUCAGCUUGGGACGUUGAUUACACUGGCGUCUUCACUUAUCAAGUAUGAAUUGGACUCGUCAGAAAUAGCAGUUGGCUACGUCAAAGCCCCGUAA